GAGAUCUCCAGGCUCAUUAUCCCCAUCGGCCAACCUGACGGAGGGAGAAAGCCAGUCGAUCGCCCUCGUGUCAUCACCCUGCCUGCUGGCUGGGCAGGGUAACUCCUGAGGUCACCACCCUCUCCAGCCUGCCUUGGGCUUGGGGAGUGAGGAGGAGGGCGAGGGACGUCUGCUCACCCUGAACAUCCGCCAUCCAUCGUACCAUCACUGAGAGCAAGAUGGCCAGGCUCCUGCGGAUGUUGCGGAGGAAGGCUCUGCCGGUGGCCCCAGAGCCUGAGGGAAGCAGCUGCCGCCUUCCCGAGGGGCAGAGCAAGCCCUGCGUCCCCGCUGGCGGGGAAGCAGCUCCCGUCCAGGCCAGACGGCGGAAGUGCCCGGCCUUCUGGAAAAGGACCCCGGCUCCCGGCGCAGGCGCCGAGCUGGGAGCGGCCCCGACCAGGCCCCGGUGGAGCUGGCCCAGGCUGCGGUUUGGCAGACAGGACCCAGCCCAGGAGGGGCGCCGGGCAGGGUGGCUCUGGGGCUGGUUGUGUGGGCAGCAGCGGCCCCAGGAGCCCAGCCCUCCUUCCCAUCAGGAGGCCUCGCCCUGCCCGCUCUCUGAGGCCCUUCCAGCCCCCGCCGGCCAGGAGGGGGAAGGUCCCUGGCCCAGCACCGGCAGCUCAGCCUGGGACAGCGGCAGCACCUGGGCCUCUGGCAGCAGCCAGGCCGACGGGCGCCACGGCUUUGUGCCAGGGACCCCCCUGGAUUCGGAGCAGGAGGAAGGGGUGGACGUGGCCAAAGAUGAAGCUGCUCUCAAGGUCAUCCGAGAGCAGCUCCAGUGCAGAGAUAAGGAUGAGGGGCAGCAGCUCCUGUUCCUUCAGGCCAUCUACCCCGCCUGUCUGGCUGCACGGGAGAGAGGGGAGGACACGCUGGAGCCGCGCUGCUGCAAGGCGGCUGUGGUGAAGAGGAUCGUGGAGCUCAUCGAGGAGCUUCCCGACGACUCGUCACCCAGCGCCGUCCUCGCCCACUCCCUGGCUGCAGUGGGCUACCUCUGCACCAUGAAACCUGCCCUGGAGCCAGCCCUAGAGACCCACCUCUUGCGAGCUGCCCUUCACUCCGUCUUCACCCUGGGCACGGAGAAGGACACCACCGACAUCCAGGCUCUGCACAAAGUCAUCGCAGAGGUCCUGGGUGCCAUGCUGGGGAAUCUGCUGGCAGAGUCCCCAGACACAGACAGGCUCCACUUCAUCUUGGAGCAUGUCAACUUCUGGGUCGUGUCCAGGGUGUCCCAGGAGCGAGCCAGGGCCAUCAGGAGCAGCACAGCCCUGCUGAGAUACACAGUCACCCUCCCUGAGUUUGACAUCUCUGCCGAGUUCCCCAGGAUGGGGCACCAUGUGGCCCAGCUGGCUCUAUUUGUCAGCGAUCCAGACAAGGACAUCAGCCGGCAGGCCAGGGAGGGGACUUACCGGCUCUACCAGCUGCUGCUCCGACAGAGGGGCCUGACCAUACAUGACGUGGAGGAUCUCUGGUGCUAUGACUGGCACCAGGACAGAAGGCUCUUGGGCUACAAGAACACAGCCAGAGUGGGGGAGGUAAGGGCACUGUGCCAGGGCAUGACACAGCCCGGGGAGUGGGGCUGGCUGGGUUCCCUGCAGUGGAUGCCUCCUGGAGACAGGAAAAGAGCCCGCUCCUUAUUUCCAGCUCAGAGCUCCUCAUCCAGCAACCAGUGGGACAGGCUGGUGCUAAAGGUCCCACAUUGGAACCUCGCUAGUUGCCGUGAUUUGAGUGUCUUACAUGGAUGCAUUGCUCCGUGGCAUAAGGAGGAUCCCCGGGUGGGUGAGUUAAUAUAG